AUGGCGGCAAAGGCCGAAGCUAUAGGGCCCCGAAAUGGGCAUGAAUUGGCGCCUUUGAACGCACGAGCCGAUGGUAGCGAGAGACCUCAUGGCGUUACUAUCGUACUGCAAGGAUCAAGGGGCUCGUUACAGCGAGAGGCGCCGGAUGAUGACCGCGCAGCGUGGUCGGGGAAGCUUCAGUUCUUCCUGUCAAUCAUCGGCUAUUCCGUUGGACUUGGAAAUAUUUGGCGCUUUCCAUAUUUGUGUCAGCAGAAUGGCGGAGGUGCGUUCCUCAUCCCGUUCUUGAUCAUGUUGGUCUUGGAAGGUGUCCCGCUCUUCUUGAUCGAGAUGGCCAUUGGACAAAAAAUGCGCCUGGGCUCUCUAGGUGUCUGGAACACCAUACAUCCUUGGUUGGGCGGCAUCGGCAUUUCCAGCUGCAUGGUCACAUUGUUUGUGGCGCUGUACUACAAUGUCAUAAUUACUUGGGUUUUCUUCUACCUGUUUAACAGUAUUCGAUUAACAGCUGACCAGCUUCCAUGGUCAUCAUGCCCCCAAGACAACGGUACAGCAGAACUGGAAUGCAGCAAGGCUUCAGCCACGGUUUACUACUGGUACCGUGAAGCACUUGACGCGUCACCAAACAUCGAAGAGCCUGGUGUGCCGCGGUGGUGGAUCGUAUGCUACCUCUUUCUCGCAUGGGUUAUCGUAUUCUUCAUCGUGAUGAAAGGCAUUCAAAGCAGUGGAAAGGUUGUGUACUUCACUUCUAUCUUCCCGUACGCCGUACUCACGAUCUUCUUCGUUCGUGGCAUCACUCUUCCAGGCUCAUCUGAUGGGAUCUGGCAUAUGUAUAAGCCGAAGCUGGAGAAACUCCUCGACCCAACGGUUUGGCUCGAUGCAGCAACUCAAGUAUUUUACUCUUUUGGCCUUGCCUUCGGUUCGCUAAUAGCCUUCGGCUCAUACAACCCUCCAAACAACAACUGCGUCAGAGACGUGCUCCUGGUUUCAGUAUGCAAUGCUCUGACGGCUAUAUACGCUUCUGUAGUCAUCUUUAGCAUCCUCGGCUUUAAAGCUUACACCAUGGUCGAGACUUGUAUUACCAAAGAGAUCAAGAUUCUAGCCCGCGAGCACAUAGGCGGUUUUACCGUAAACUCGACCGAAGACUACUACCGUGAAGAAUUCCCACUUCUUAAUAGUACUGCUGUAAAAGCUUUUAACUUAACCGGCUGCACCAUGUCAAAACAACUGGAAGAGGCAGCAGAAGGAACCGGUCUGGCUUUCAUAGUCUUUACUCAGGCAAUCUUAAAGCUGACUCCAGCACCAUUCUGGUCUAUCAUCUUCUUUCUGAUGUUACUGUCACUUGGUCUUGGCAGCCAAAUAGGUAUCAUGGAGGGCAUGCUCUGCACCAUCUUUGAUAUUGAUUUCUUCAAGAGACUCAGCAAGCCUGUGAUUACUGGUGUGGUAUGCGGAUUCUGUUUCUUAGUUGGUCUAAUCUUCACCACCGGAGCUGGCGAAUACUGGCUGAAGAUGUUCGACUCUUUCGCGGGUACCAUCGGCCUGGUCGUCGUAGCACUGCUCGAGAUGGUUGCCGUCAUGUACAUCUAUGGGCAUGAGAGGUUCACAAACGACAUCUACGAGAUGACGGGCUACCGCCCCGGGCUGUACUGGCAGAUCACCUGGCGUUACGUGGGGCCUUUCAUCGUGACCUGCAUCUUACUCUCCUCCCUCGUCUUCAUGCUCAUCAACCACCCCACGUAUGGUGCCUGGGAUGCUAACGAGGUUUUCUUCAAAAAACUUACCCAAAUUAAACAAGUUGAGUCCACAUCGUCGUCAUUCUGUCUCUCAUCAUUAUCUGUUCAUCAGUAUUCAAUGAUGAGCUCAAUUCAAACAGAUACUUCAACUCCUCCCUAUGCAUAG